UCUAUGCUUUUAUCAUAGAGUUCAAGAUUUGACGGUUUAAUUUAAUGGAGGGGCAUCAUCUCCAUCAUCAUCCUCAUCUUCAUCCUCUUCAUCUCCAUCGUCAAUCACAACAGCAACCACAGCAACAUCAUCACCACCACCAGCAGCAACAUAGUAUCGGGGGUGUUUCGGUUAACGUUGAUGUCGGAGACAGGUUUCCUCAAUGGAGUAUUCAAGAAACGAAGGAGUUCUUGAUGAUGAGGGCAGAGCUGGAUCAGGCUUUUAUGGAGACGAAGAGGAACAAGCAAUUAUGGGAAGUUAUUUCCAAUAGGAUGAAGGAAAAGGGUUACUUUCGAAGCCCAGAGCAGUGCAAGUGCAAGUGGAAAAACCUCGCCACCAGGUACAAGGGAUGUGAAACAAUGGAGCCAGAAUCCCUGAGGCAGCACUUCCCAUUUUACAACGAGCUUCAGUUGAUUUUCACAAGUAGGAUGCAGAGAGUGAUUUUGGCAGAAGCCGAAGGAGGUGGCGGAUCGAAGAAGAAGGCGCCGCAUAAUCUCUCGUCAGAUGAAGAGGAAGAAGAAGAUGACAAUAACAACAAAGAAGACAGUGAAGGAGAUCAGAAAGGUACUCCGAGUAGCAGCAGAAAGAAGAAGAAGAAGGGAAAGGGCAGUAGUGGUAAUUACAGUAGCGGCAGCAGUAGUAUUAAUGAUAGCUUGAAGAAUAUGAAGGAGAUAUUGCAGGAGUUUAUGAGGCAACAGAUGCAAAUGGAGGCACAGUGGAUGGAAGCUUAUGAAGCGAGAGAGAAGGAGAGAAGAAUGAAGGAGCUAGAAUGGAGACAAACAAUGGAGGCAUUGGAGAAUGAGAAGAUAAUGAUGGAUCAGAGAUGGAGAGAGAGGGAAGAACAACGAAGGCUUAGAGAAGAAGCUAGGGCUGAGAAAAGAGAUGCUCUUAUCACUGCUCUUCUAAACAAGCUCUCAAGAGACGACAUGUAGAUGUAGUUAUUUAA